CCGAGUAUAUUCUCAUCUCCCUUUCCUUCGAAUCCACUGAUCUGAAAAGACUGGAGUGAGGAAAUAAAUCACCUUCAUCCGCCAUAUUGCUUUCUUCUGUUUUCCAAAUCAGUGCCGCCUGAGCUGAAGGAAUAGGUGAUGAAGAGAGGACGCCAUUUUACACCAUUGGGAUACGGUCAUAGAUCUGCCAGUUUUUCUUACAACUAUGUGGGGACGGACCACCUGGUUCUAACCGGGUUUACGGCCAAUUUACAGAAUAUGCCUCAUGCUCCUCGGUAGUCCAAAACCUGGGCGGACCGCGUUAAGAUCAACGUGGUUUCCCCAAAAUCAGCGCGGUUUCUAUCUGCAGCUGCAGGAAGCAUAAAGGACAGAGAAAGGCAAGACAGCCAGCCCGAGGCCCGUCUCUACUACCAUGCAGCGGCCGGGUGGUCGCCAUCGCCACAAUGGCCACUCUCUGCUCCGCAAUAACAAUUCCAUGAUCUCAUACAUCGCUUCUCCUUCACCGCGCGCUUCCACCACGGGCGCCUAUGCGGAAUACUCCACCAACAACAACAGGCCGAUAAAGCCCGAGCUGGUCUGCAAAUGGACAAACCACGAGCACCGUGACCGAACUUCAAAACAAAGGAUAUGCGACCAAACUUUCAGCUCCAUGCACGAGCUGGUGGACCACGUAAGCACCGAGCACGUCGCUGGGCUCGAGCCCCUGAGCCAUGUUUGUAUGUGGGAAGAAUGCCUGAGAGAAGGAAAGGCGUUUAAAGCCAAAUAUAAACUGAUAAACCACAUCAGGGUACACACUGGGGAGAAACCGUUCUCCUGCACUUUCCCAGACUGCGGGAAAGUGUUUGCUCGGUCGGAAAACCUCAAGAUUCACACGCGCACGCACACAGGUGAGAAGCCAUUUCAGUGUGAGUUCCCCGGCUGCCUGCGGAAAUUCGCCAACAGUAGUGACCGUAAGAAGCACUCGCAGGUUCACACCAGCGCCAAACCGUACGACUGCAAGUCCCACGGCUGCUUCAAGUCCUACACGCACCCCAGCUCCCUCAGAAAACACAUGAAGAUCCACCUCAACGCACUCAAGUCCUCUCCUACCUCCGAACCCAUAGACCUGUCGUUCACAGGGAUUCUUGGGAAACGUAGUUCCCGGGAUUACGUAGCUUCACGGACUAACUGCUCGUCCUCCAGGCUCUCGCUGGCUCCGACGGUGUCCAACAUGAAGGAGUGGUACGUGUGUACCAGGACCACAGGUCAGGGACAGAACUACCUCCAACUCACAGCAGACCAGAUCAAGUCAGAACCGUGCGGUGCUGAUGAGGAGUAUUAUAACCCCACGUAGCAGGAGGCUUUGCAUUAGGGACCGUGUCCACUACAAUGGAUCCUAAAUACAGGGGUAGAAGCUGUAAGGACAUGACAUACGUCUCGUAUCAAUAUGGCCAUGUGAUUAUUUAAAACACUUAUUAUUAUUAUUAUUUUAACCUUUUAUUUAACUAGGCUAGUCAGUUAAGGACAAAUUCUUAUUUACAAUGACGGCCUACCCCCGGCCAAACCCGGACGACACUGGGCCAAUUGUGCGCCGCCCUAGGGGACUCCCAAUCACGGAUAUGAUACAGCCUGGAUUCGAACCAGGGACUGUAGUGACACAACUCCAUGCACUGAGAUGCAGUGCCUUAGACCGCUGCGCCACUCGGGAGCGAUGAGCACAGCACACUUCCCCUGUCAAUAUGGAGAUGGACAGAUGUAAUGGAGACUUACUGUAUGUGUGAAUGUCUGGGCCAGUGUUCAUAAUGAAGUGCCGUGUAAGAGUGCUGAUCUGGGAUCAGGUUAGCCUUUUAGAUCAUAAUGAAUACUAGAGAGAGGACCAGAUCCUAGUGCUGAUCUGUGAUCGGGUUAGCCUUUUAGAUCAUAAUGAAUACUAGAGAGAGGACCAGAUCCUAGUGCUGAUCUGGGAUCAGUUUAGCCUUUUAGAUAAUAAUGAAUACUAGAGAGAGGACCAGAUCCGAGUGCUGAUCUGGGAUCAGUUUAGCCUUUUAGAUAAUAAUGAAUACUAGAGAGAGGACCAGAUCCUACUGCUGAUCUGGGAUCAGUUUAGCCUUUUUAAAAUCAUAUUGAAAAAGAUAGCAUUAGACAAGGAGGACCUGAUCCUGGAUCAGCACUCUGAGGCUCUUUAUGAGUACAGGCCCUGAUGUCCGUGUGUUAUCUAAUGAGAAGCCGUAGCCAUGAAAUGUAUUGCCAUAAGAGAUUAAAGACAACACCCCUCUGAUUGACACCCGGGGGCCUGUAUUCACAGAGCGUCUCAGAGUAGGAACGCUGAUCUAGGAUGUAAAAGACAAAACUGCUUUGUAAAUACGGGGCCUGAUCCGAGUUAGAUUCUUAAAGAUAUUUGAGCUGCGCUUGAUUUACUUAUUUAUGGAGUUGAUUGGUCCAUUGGUUCCUGUUGAUUGACUGUUUUUGGAGUUGGCACUUUUCUGAUUGGUCCAUUGGUUCCUGUUGAUUGACUGUUUUUGGAGUUGGCUCUUUUCUGAUUGGUCCAUUGGUUCCUGUUGAUUGACUGUUUUUGGAGUUGGCUCUUUUCUGAUUGGUCCAUUGGUUCCUGUGUACCAGGCAAACUAAAUCAAGCGCAUCUCAAGUAUUUGACAAAUGUAAUGGACUCAUGUCUGGUUGUAUAGUUACGCUACUGAAGCAGAGCGUCCGGUGUAGUAAUGUAAACAUGAAGGUACCUCCGAGACGGUUUGCUCCGUUCCAGUAACUGUCAGACAGGAUCUCUAAAGACUACUUCCAAUGGAAGAAAUGGUUAACGUCCCCUUGACAGCAGCUCCGGCCCUGUAGAAGCCAUGUUAUGAUGUACUCAAUGACUUGGGUGUAAAACCGUGAUGGGGUUUCGUUGAAUUCUGAAUGUGAGAAACGUUGCCAGAACCUCAUGAUGAGUCACUCUGUUUACAUGUGACUGUGCUGAUCAGUGUGGCGGUCGUUGCUGUGUUGACUUACAGCGACAAGGUUUAUUAUAUUUUCUGAACAUGUAUUAUUGUGUUUUAAAUCUAUUUUCUCAGCCUUUCAUAGUGCCUCAUUAAACCCUAUUCCCACAUUGAUAUGUCUAUUGGUGAGCUGUUAAUUACCACACAACAGAUUCAUCCUCUAUCUAUGCUAAUAACAGGUGAUUUCAGUCAGACAAAUAUGUUUUCUACGUGGUCAAAGUGAAUAGAAACUGUGUGUAUAAAUAACAAUAAAUACUCAUCAUUUCCCC